AUGCGCAUCUUGGAAUUGAUGGAGUGUGGCGCUCUCAUUGCUGUUGCCAGCCGCUUCCAGCAAGUACGGUCAUCCCCAUCUUACAGUGAGGAUGUCGCUUGCUUGAGCGCCGGCGGGGGCGCCUUCCCUGGCUUCCCCGUCCCACCCACUCCGCCGCCUCCCAAGAGUCGUAUCCAACAGCCGCCGCCCCGCGCCCCCUCCCCACCCUCCAACCGCCCUCCCCGCGCCCGCUUUAGGCGGGCGCCGCGCCCCCGACGUCCCCGCCGCCUGGCCCCGCCCCUCGUCUCCAUGGAGACCCGCACGCUUCCCGCGCCCGCCUCCCAACCGCCCUGCAGACCCUCUGACCUUUCUGUCUCUGCAGACGGGCAGGUGGACAGGUUACCAGGCAGUGCAACACAUCGCUGGCAAGUGGAGCAGAUCGAGGCCAUCGCCAAGUUUGACUACGUGGGGCGGUCCCCCCGUGAGCUGUCCUUCAAGAAGGGGGCCUCACUGCUACUGUACCACUGCAUCUCAGAGGACUGGUGGGAGGGUCGUCACAAUGGCGUGGAUGGACUCAUCCCACAUCAGUACAUAGUCGUACAGGACAUGGAUGACGCCUUCUCGGACAGCCUGAGCCAAAAGGCUGACGGCGAGGCCAGCGGUGGGCCACUGCUGGAAGACAAGGCCUCCUCCAAAAAUGGCCUCCAGUCCCCCACGGAGCACAUCUUGGAGUAUGGCUUUGGGGGGGUGAAGGGCGGAGUGCGGUUACGAUCCGAUGGAGCGGCCAUCCCCAGGCGCCGAAGCGGGGGCGACACGCACAGCCCGCCCCGGGGCCUGGGCCCCAGCAUAGACACGCCGCCCCGGGCUGCCGCCUGCCCCAGCAGCCCCCACAAAAUUCCCCUCACCCGGGGGAGGAUCGAGAGCCCCGAGAAGCGGAGGAUGGCGACGUUCGGGAGCGCCGGCAGCAUCAACUACGCUGACAAGAAGGCGCUCUCCGAAGGGCACUCGAUGAGGUCGACGUGCGGCUCCACCAGGCACAGCAGCCUGGGGGACCACAAGUCCCUGGAAGCUGAGGCCCUGGCAGAACACAUUGAGAAGACCAUGAGCACGGCUCUGCAUGAGCUGCGGGAACUCGAGAGGCAGAACACAGUCAAGCAGGCGCCAGAUGUGGUGCUGGACACCCUGGAGCCCCUGAAGAACCCGCCAGGCCCCAUCAGCUCAGAGCCCGCCAGCCCCCUGCACACCAUUGUCAUCCGCGACCCCGACACCGCUAUGUGCCGCAGCAGCAGCUCCUCCACUGAGAUGACGAUCACGUUCAAGCCAGCCCUGUCCCGCCUGGCCGGCGCCCAGCUGCGCCUGCCCCCCACGUGGCCGGUGCAGCCCGUGGUCCAGCGUCAGUCCAGCAGCAGCAGCAGCUGGAGCGUGGGCAGCCCAGCUGGGACACCCACGGAGAAGAGGUUCCCCAACAGCUCAACCCACAAAUCGGGCACCAUGUGA